AUGUAUGAAAAGGAACCACCUAAAGUUCCAUUAUCACUUUAUAUUGAUGAUCCUAAUUUGAUAUUUGAACCAAUCGAAAAUCAACCAAGAUUAAGAAAAAAACAUCAUAAAGUGGGUAGUCUUGAUAAACCUUUAAAAAACAGAUAUAAUCUUAGUAAUGACAAAUAUUAUGAAAUUGAAACUACUUCUAAAAGUUCUCUUGUCUCCUUCGGAGUUCAACAUUCCAUUCCUGCACUCAAAUUAUCCAACGAAUUUUUUGCUAUUAAUUUUACUGCAGAUGAGUUAAUUAACUGGCAUAGAAGUACCAACACUUUAUUAAAUACAACAUAUUAUUUUUCUAAUCCUAUGCAAAUAACCGCAAAAUCUAAUACAAUAAGAAAACAUUAUGAAGUGAGUUGUAAUGAUUUAACUGAUUUUAUACUUUUUGAGUAUUCAGAAGAAUUUCCAUUUUUUGUGCCUAAACCUGGUAUGGCAAGUAUUUUUGAGAAAUAUUACAGAAAGUUGGAUGAUGGAAAUGAACAUACAACUAAAGGAUUUAAAGUACUUGAAUGUGAAGAAGAGGGGCCUUUUAUGGGAUAUGGUGAUAUUCACAGAGGUGAAACAGUGUGUGUAUUAGACAACAAUAUGUUCGUAGCUCCAGUAUAUGAACACACUACUAAAGAUUAUCUUGUAAUUAAUUCUAACGGAAAGUUAAUAUUUAGAAAAAUUCCUAAAUUGUUUGUAGUUGGACAAGAAUUGCCUAAGAUUGAGGUAUUUGCUCCACAUUCUAGAAAAUUAAAUCAAUUUUCACGUGAUAGGCUUAAAAUUUAUUGUCAUCGACUCUUUAUGAAGAAAAAGUCAUUUACUAUAGAGGAGCUUAAUAAAACAUUUCCAUUUUUUACAGAAGGAUCUAAAAGAAAAUGGAUUAGGGAGUAUUCAGAUCCAGACAAAUCAAGCAGAGAAAAUAUAUUUGGAUAUAAACCAGGAUCACUUAUCUAUAAGGAGGACGAAUUAAGAAAACUAGUUACACCUGAAAAUAUAUGUCAAUUUGAAAGUAUGUUGGUUGAAGAAAAAAGAGUAGAAUCAUUAGGAUUUAAAUUGAUUGAUGUUGAUGAAGAUGAUAAAGAUUAUGUUCCAAGUUGGGUGUUAUCGAGAAACUUUGUAAAUGCUACAAGUGGAAAAGGAUUGCUGGAAAUAGAAGGUAAGAUUGAACCAACUGGUAUUGGUGAGGCAAUGAGUUUUGUAAGAAAAAAGUAUAAGAAAGUCUCUGAACAAGAGUCAAGAAAACUUCUUAGUGAACAUCAAACUAUUUAUAGAUCACUAAUUGAUAAGAUUUUUAAAAGACAGAGUAUGGCAUUAUCAUCUAAAACACCACCUUUAUUGAAAGAAAAUCAACGAACUGUUAAAUUUGAUGAGAAAGAAGUUAAUAAGGAGGAUAAAGAAAAUAGAUUAUCUGAACAAGCCGCUUUAAUCAUUAAAAGGUAUUAUACAAUUAAUGGACAAAUAGAAGAAAGAAUAGAAAAGGUUUAUGAUAAACGAGUGAUAAAAGCAUAUUUAAAGAUUAAAAGAAAAUCUAAACCUGAAGAGAAAAAAACAUCACUUAAGUGUUCUAGUUGUGGACAAGUUGGACACAUGAAAACUAACAAGAAUUGUCCCAACUAUCAAGGACCCUCUAAAAAGAAAACGGUAGAAAAGAAAGCCCCAAUUGUAAGACUUUCAGAUAAAUUUUCCAGAUUGAUAUCUCAAUUUACAGCCAUACCAUAUUCAACACCUUUUCAUAGACCAGUUAAUCAAAAGAAGUUUCCAACUUAUAGACAGAUAAUUUCAAAACCAAUUGACUUUCUAACUAUGAAGACAAAAAAUAGAAAUCAUGAUUAUUCAAGUUUUGAUGAGUUUAUUAGCGAUUUAGUUUUGAUGCAUGAUAAUUGUUUAAGAUUUAAUGGACCUGGUCAUUCAUUAACUGAAAUAUCUCAAGAAUUUAUUAAUAAAGCAAAAUCUUUUCAAAUUGAGAAUUUUGAAGAGUUGUCUGAAAUAGAGAAGGGAAUCUUAAAAACUAAUAAACCAACAUUCCUCUAA